CCACCUCCCCCAUCCAAACACAUCCAGCUCCCAUCCAUCCGUCACCACUGGGGAGGAAAACAAGGAGGGAUCACCGGGAUUGCUUUAUCUGCCACGUCCGUGUCAGCACGCGUGAUUUAUUCACAUUACCAAUAACAACAACAAGCCGCUGUUUGACAGAGACAACGCCAAGAGGACGCUCGGAUACCCGGAGGAAGACGGUAUGGGGGGACACACGGCGGCGUUUUUUCUCUUACUUGCGGCGACCUUGACACUCUCAUCCGAGGUGCCUGCUGAUGACUCGGUGGGUUUGCUAACCGAGCCGCAGGUGGCCAUGUUUUGCGGCAAGCUCAACAUGCACAUCAAUGUGCAGACUGGCAAGUGGGAAUCGGAUCCCUCUGGUUCUAAGAGCUGCGUCGGCACCAAGGAGGGCAUCCUGCAGUACUGCCAAGAGGUGUACCCAGAGCUUCAGGUCACCAACGUGGUGGAGGCCAACCAGCCCGUCAGCAUCCAGAACUGGUGCAAGAAAGGCCGCAAACAGUGCCGCAGUCACCCACUCAUUGUGGUGCCUUACCGCUGCUUGGUCGGGGAGUUUGUGAGCGACGCCCUUUUGGUUCCGGAUAAGUGUAAGUUCCUGCACAAGGAGCGUAUGGACCAGUGUGAGAGCCAUCUGCAUUGGCACACUUUUGCCAAAGAGUCUUGCGCGGACCGCUCCACGAAUCUCCAUGACUACGGGAUGCUAUGGCCGUGUGACAUCGACCGUUUCCGAGGUGUGGAAUUUGUGUGCUGCCCGGCUGAGGCCGAGCAGGAGUCGGAUAGCGCGGCGCUGGACGGGGAAGAGUCGGACGUGUGGUGGGGCGGAUCUGAGCCUAACGAGAACAACGAGAACAGCAUGACUCAGCAUGUCGACACGGAGCCCACCGCUGCAGAGGAUGAUGAGGAGGAGGAGGAGGAUGAUGAAGAUACUUUUGAAAGGGAUGGCGAAGAGGAGGAUGAGGAGGAGGAGGAAGAAGAAGACGACGGCAUGACCAAUGAGCGGGAUAGUGAUGAGCGCAAUGCGAACGUUGCCAUGACAACAACUACCACCACUGAAUCCAUUGAGGAGGUCGUCAGAGCCGUUUGUUGGUCACGUGCCGCAAAAGGCACGUGUGGUGCCAAGCUGGAGCGUUGGCACUUCGUGCCCAAAACGGGACGCUGUGCCCCCUUCUUGUUUGGGGGCUGCGGGGGCAACAGGAAUAACUUUGAUUCCGAGGAAUACUGCUUAGCCGUCUGCAGCAGCUCCUUACCCACCAUGAUGCCGAGUGCUCCUGAUGCUGUGGAUCAAUACCUGGAGUCUCCCGGCGACGACAGCGAGCACGGCGACUUCCAGAAAGCCAAGGAAAGCCUGGAGGCCAAGCACAGGGAGAAGAUGUCGCAGGUGAUGAGGGAGUGGGAGGAGGCUGAGAGGAAGGCUAAAAACCUGCCACGUGCUGACAAGAAAGCAGUCAUUCAGCACUUCCAGGAUAAGGUGGAGGCUCUGGAGCACGAGGCUGCCGGAGAGAGGCAGCAGCUGGUGGAGACCCAUAUGGCCCGUGUGGAAGCUCUGGUCAACAGCCGCCGACGCAUGGCUCUGGAAAAUUACCUCAGCGCACUGCAGGGAAACCCUCCUCGGCCUCGCCAGGUGCUGAGCCUGCUGAAGAAGUACGUCCGGGCCGAGCAAAAGGACCGUCAGCACACAGUCAAACAUUACGAGCACGUCCGAACGGUCGACCCCAAGAAGGCUGCGCAGAUUCGGCCUCAGGUUUUGACCCACCUGCGUGUGAUUGACGAGAGGAUGAACCAGUCCCUGGGUUUGCUCUACAAAGUGCCCACUGUGGCCAACGAGAUACACAACCAAGUCUCUGUCAUCGUGCAGAGAGUCCAGUCCGAGCUGUCUCAGCAGGUUUCUUCCUUGCAGAGUGACACCAGGGUGGACAGGAUGAGCUACGGGAACGACGCCCUCAUGCCCGACCAGGCCUACAGCUUCGCUCCUAUGGACCCAAGCCUCGACAGGCUGGGCUUCAUCCACCCUGAGAGCUUCAACCAGCCCAACACUGAGAACCACGUUGAGCCUGUCGAUGCUCGCCCAGUUCCAGAUAGAGGACUACCCACACACCCUGGGUCUGCCCUGAAGCCAGAAGAGAUGCCCCAAGUGCGACUGGAGACAAAGGAGAGGCAAAGUGCUGGCUAUGAAGUCCACCAUCAAAAACUGGUAUUUUUUGCUGAGGAUGUGGGCUCCAAUAAAGGUGCCAUCAUCGGGCUGAUGGUGGGAGGUGUUGUCAUAGCGACCGUCAUUGUCAUCACCCUGGUGAUGCUGAGGAAGAAGCAAUACACUUCUAUUCAUCACGGCGUCAUCGAGGUGGACGCGGCGGUGACACCAGAGGAGCGUCACCUGGCCAAGAUGCAGCAGAACGGCUACGAGAACCCCACCUACAAAUUCUUUGAGCAGAUCCACAACUAAACAAAAACCAACCACUCCGCAGGCUCUGUUCCUGUCUUGCUCCUCUCCACCCUUCUGUUUGUUUUUAAACGUUUGACUUGGAUGAAUCGCCGUGGUUUUAAAGUGAAGGAGCUGCAGGACAGAGCCGUGCGGAUCCCCCAGUUGCACAGCGUAUACUAACACUAAUUUCGGCAGACAAGGGUUACUCCGCGUCACCUGCACAUCUUAGCCACACCUGAACCCUUGCACAACUCCUUGACUGACUAUAGAUAUACAGUAUAUAUAGAGAGAAAGAAAUAUAUGAAGAAAAUUGUGUCAAUACAGCACUAUCCGCUAAAUAUUUCAACAUUGUAAAAAAAUGAAAGAAAAACAAACAUAAGAAUGAAUACUGGCGGGUUUUUUUUCAAGUGUAACAUAUGAAGAAGGCGA